GCGGACGGCCUCUCUCGUCAGGAUGUACCCCGGCCCGCCCGAGUGAAAUCCCUGAGUGACUUCGGGAUUUUUGUACUUGAACCCCAAAUGGAUGGGCGCCGAGGCGUUGAAUUUCAAAAGGUUCGCCAUCUGUCAUGCUGGUCUAUAACAGCAUUAAUCAACGUUCGAGUACACCGGCGUACAGGAUUGUCCCACGGCCUACGAUAUAGCAGUGCGAUGAACUCGUCGACCAGCAGCCGGCCAACCAGUUUUCCGCUUCAUUUCUAUAAAGGUAAAGGGGCGUGACCACCAACAGUUUCCUUCCUGCUGCUGAUGCGGGGCGAUGAAAAUAGCACAAGCCAUCAGUUGUCGAUAGACUGAGACUCUAGUUUGUCCAUCACUGCUGCCCGUCAACUGCUGCUGCCAACAACGCGGCAUGAUUAUUAUUAUUAUUGCACACAUUGCGGCGGCCACAGCAUUUCCAUCUCACAAAGUCUGACAAUCUGAAUUUGCUACGACCGCGGGUGCUGGUAUCUCACUAUAUACACAUGUCGUUCAUCUUUGGCCAGCAUCACGGAGCAGCAGCGGCCAGCAGCCUCUAGGAGCGAUUUUCUCAGCCCUUUGUGAACACAGAGCAGCAGACGAGCCUAUCAAUUGAGUAGGCACCACUGUGAACUUCGGACGUGGAUGAUAUUUAGUUUCUUUUGUAAAAAUCCAGCGGAUCCAUCAUGUGGGGAUGGCCGAAUGUCCGUUCGAAACCUGGCGCCUUUUUCUACGUACUUUUGCUGGGCUUGGCCGGAUUCGUUUACAACUACAAUUCCAACAGCAACUUGCUGACCAUUUUGAACCAGUCUGAGGAAACUGAGUUGCCCGUCAUUUACGUCAUCACGCCAACGUACCGCCGUCUGGUCCAAUUGGCCGAGUUGACUCAACUGGCCCAAACGCUUUCGCAGGUCCCUUCCGUCCACUGGAUCGUGGUGGAAGACAGUGAAGAGCUUUCGUCCGGAGUCACUCAUCUCCUCCAGCGAUUCGACGCCAUCCCCCACACUCACCUGCACGGUCGGAUGCCGGAACUGUUCCGGGUGAAUGCCUCAAGUACACCGUACACGUCGAGGCCUCGCGGGGCGUCGAAUCGCAACCGGGCGCUCCACUGGAUCCGCGAGAACGUCCAGUCGGGCGUCGUUUACUUUGCAGACGACGACAACACGUACGACCUGCGCCUCUUCCACGAGAUGCGCCACACCAAGAAAGUCUCCAUGUGGCCGGUGGGAUUGAUUGGGAUUUACGGCGUCAGCUCGCCCGUCGUCGAUCCCGACACUGGGCACGUCAAGGAAUUUUUUGACGGAUGGGUCGGAGAUCGAACCUAUGCCGUCGACAUGGCCUCGUUUGCCAUCAACGUCCAGUUGCUUCAUCAGAAUCCUGACGCAAUGAUGCCUUACCGGGCCGGAUACCAGGAAGAUUUCUUCCUCAAAAGUUUGAAUUUGACUUUGGAGGAUAUUGAACCCAGAGCUAAUAAUUGCACCCAGAUUCUGGUCUGGCACACCCAAAAUGCCAACUACAAAUCGGUGCCGUCCUUUGCCCUCAAGAGCCGCUUCGAGAAGACCAACGUACAACAACUUCGCUCACAAACUCUCAAUCUCCUUCCCGUUGCCUAAUAAUCCAUUCAAAUAAUGUUUCAGCCUUUUGUGUUCAAUAACGUGACCGCUGCGUAUAAUCAUUAUUAUUAUUUUGCGAUGGAUAUUAUUAUAACUAAUAGCUCGGCAGACUGUAGAGAGCGCAGUCGAGGGUCAGAGAUAAGCCGCUUCGAUUCAUUUCUAUUUAUUUAAAAACCAGUUUUUAUAAAUUGGGUUGAAAAAGAAAAAAGGCGGCCUUCAUUGAGAACACGUUUGUUUUUGUUUCGAUGAAGAGAUUCACAUUAGAUUUAUUUCUUUGAUGCAUUUGAUUGGGUGUAUAUUUGUUUGUCUCCGCUAUCUCAGCAUUAAGUAGAAGGUAGUAGUUGGUAAGUGAAAAUGUUAUCUUACAUUUAACGAGUGCAGACGCGCAUUGCUUUGCUAAUCAACCUAGUAUAAGAAUUUUGAAUUGCUAAACGAAUGUCAUCUCGUCGUCUGCUUUUAUUCUCACUUUGCUAUUUGUUGAGUGACGUAUAUUCGCUCGUAGUUUCAUAAUGUCUUGUAUGUGCCUGUUAAGUAUCGCCGAUUCGUGAAUUAAUUGGUUGACCAUGAUCGCAUCGGACUUGAUCACCGCGAUGAACCGAAUCUUCGACGCUAUUUUGUUGCUGGAUGAGACAGCAUAUAUCUCACUGGAUUGUUUGUGGCCUAUAUUAUUUAAUUGUAUUCUGUUUUACAGGGAGAAUGAGUCUUGAUCGGAGUGGUUUUAUUUCUCUCCGAGUCAUUCCAACAAGUUGACUAGUAGCUCUCAGUCAAUUUCCAUCCAUUAGAUCCUCAUGCUGUCAAAAGCCUAAAACUUAUGUUGGAAGCCAAUACAUAGAGGAAUACAAAUGUAACGAGAUAAGGUAUUUCCCCAUUGUAAAUAACAUAGAGAAUUUCCUUGUCCCAUUUUCACUUAAGAGAUAUGAAGAGUGUGAAGUGAAAAACCUGCCAUGUGUAUGUACAUGUACCAGAUCUGCACAUGAAAACAUAUCUGCAAACACGAAGGUUAUGAAUUUCGUUCUUGUGGUCAAUGGAGUUGGGCGCUGGUUGCCGUUACUGGCCUUUUGCGACGUCUUGAUAUCAGUUUGGAAUAAAGGCUCUGGACUCUGGGGAAUCCUCAUUCAUGCCCGAGACCCAACCCCAACAACGUCAACCCGAAGAAAGAAAAAGGCCCAUUCCCAUGUCGUUCACGCUUGAAGGUCACGAGAAACAUUACGUAAAACUGGCAUGCAGUGGUGUAGAGGUUGGGUGAGAAUGACACGUGUUGCUUCAUUAUCAAGCAGACCCAUCCCCAGCAACGUCUACCUAAAGAAGGAAAUAAAGGCCAGUUUGCAUUUCAAUCGAAGGUCAUGGAGAUCAUUACGAAAAGGUGUCAUACAGUGGAGAAGAGGUUGGGUGAGAAUGGGACGUUUUGCAUCAUUAUCAAGAAGGUAAAAUAGCCACAAGGCUUGAGAGGAGGGGUGAGAAAAAGUCGUAUAAAAGGCGAGAGAAAAGUUGACUGGGAUCAGUCGAGUGAGUGUCUCCGAUACGGCAACAGCUGCAUUAUUCGUCCUAAUAUCAGUUCGCAAUUAUGGUUAAUUAUGGCGUUGUGUUGCUGUGGGUGUCGUAUCGUUGAUGUCGACCACGAGAGAAAAUCUUUUAAAAGGGAAGAAAAAAGGCAACGGAAGUCAAUCGAGUGAGCAUCUCCGACCAUGCAGCAGCUGCAUUCUUCGUCGUAUUAUCAGGUCACAAUCACGGUCUGGUUAUCUAUGCUGUCGUGCUGCUAUUGGUUGUUGUAUCGUCGAUGGCUGGGUGGACGGCUGGUGUUCCGAUGUCUCCUGGAUAAGGCGGAUACCAAACCGCAACGCCACCGCCUUACUACACAACAACAUACGCAACGACCAGUUACUACACCGAGGUUGCACAGUUGGGUUUACAGUUAAGCCACCAAGGAUCCAGAUUAUUACACCACAACUUGUGUUGCUCCUCGAGCUACACUACCAAGACGCUAGAGUACUACACCGAGGCUCCCAAGUACUACACCACCAAGGCACCUUAGAUUACGCAACUACGUAUGCUGCCCCAACCAACGACACCGAGGCUUCAGCUUAUUACACAACCAAAGCUGUCGGAAUUCUACACUGGAGCGCCCAAGUACGACAGAAAUCAGUCAAGUUAGCUUCUCCGACACCCAACACGGCAGCCCUGAAGUUUCGAAUAAACUUCGCUUCAAACAGUGGAACGACAAAGAGUGAAGACGAAUUCUACUGCAAUCGCGUCGAAUUGAAUAGCAAAGACAACACAUUCGUACGUGUACACCGCGUCGUUAAACUUGACAUUGUUGGUCGGAAAGCCGAACUUGACGAUGGCCGUACCAUCACCUACGACAAGUGCGUUAUUGCCACAGGUAGUAAACGAAAAUCUUUUCCAAUCCCUGAGCGGUGCCCUUAAAGAUGUCCACGAGCACGUCACGCUGUCCCGCAACAUCGAUGGCGCUAACACAUGCCGAGUCCUCUAAAUGUUUAACCAAUGGACAACCGAGAAGGUGAAAGCGGAAAGUGUUAAUGUUUUGCCCAAAGCUUAUGUUUAGGCUGCAAUUUUGGAAGACGACGAGGUUGCAUUGACCUUAAACGAUGGUCAAAAGAUUUAAACUGACCAUGUCGUCUCUGUUGUCGGUUAGGACGCGAACACGGGUUUGGCUGUCGCUUCUGGUUUGGAAAUAGAUUCCAAUUUUGGUGGUUAUCGAGUCAAUACCGAGCUCGAAGCACGAUCGACCAUCUGGCUUGCCGGAGAUGCUGCCUUCUUUUGUGGUAUCAAAUUGGGUCGUCGUCGUAGGGAAUAUCAUCACUUUGCUGUUGUAUCAGGGUGAUUGGCUGGAGAGAACAAUACUGGCAACGAAACAUGGAUGAACAACUGCAGUGUACUCUUCCCAAGUGCAUUCUUCUUCGUAUUAUCAGUACGCAAUCGGUUGAUGAUGGUGUUGUGCUGUUGCCGUUUGUCGUAUCGUUGAAGGCUGGCUCGAUCACUGGUGUACCAAUGUCUCCUGUGUAUGGUGGAUACCAAGGCACCACACCGCCGCCUUACUACACAACGACAACAUUCGCAACAACCGGUUACUACACUGAGGCCCACAACUACUACAUCACCAAGGCUCCAGAAUAUUACACCGCAGCUAACGCUGCCCCGAGCUACAUCAUCAAAGAUCCUGAGUACUACACCGAGGCUCCCAAGUACUACACCACCAAGUCACCGGAGUACUACACCUACACGUAUGUUGCCCCAGCUUACUACACCGAGGUUCCCAAGAAUUAUAUAGUUCCUAGCUACUACACCGAGGCUCCAACUUAUUACUCCACCAAAGCGGCUGAAUACUACACCGAGUCGCCCAAUUACUACACCAACAAGGCUCCAGAUUAUUACACCACAACUUAUGCUUCCCCGAGUCACAACAACGCAGCCCCGAAGUAUUACUCUGCCUCAAGCUAGACAACUAUAACUUAGGUGGCCGAGUAAAACGCAGCCCCGACUUACUACACAGCGGCUGCUCCUUCGUACUACGUUGAACCGGAACACUACACCGAGGCUCCAGUUUACUACCCCACAACCUACGCUACACAUAGCUGCUACACCGAGGAUCCUAUGUUCUAACCUACCAAGGCACCUGAGUAUUAUACCACUACUUACGCUGCUCCGACCAACUACACCGAAGCUUCGAAGUAUUACUCUAUCCCGACUUACUACACCACUGAGGCACCUGAAUAUUACACCACACCCUACGCUUCUCCAACUUACUACAUGGACGUUUCUGAAUACUAAAGUCGAAUUUUCAAUUUUAAUAAUCAUGUUCAUUUUUGUCGGUCAUAUCUUAAUAAUUACUAGUUACUGGGAAUUGUUGAUCUUUAAAGAGAAAAAGAAUUUUUUAACCUGGGUAAUCACUUUGUACGACUUCUCUUGCCACCUAAAAGCCUUGACAUUGCGACGUUUUCUGAUUUUUAUUGGAUCUUUCCUAUUUCGUAUGUUGGAGGUGGCUAUUUCUCUAGUCGCUCUGCAUUCCGACAUGUUCUAGUGUUUGGACGAACUUUAUUUACAGGGCAAGAUUCGAAACAAAUGUACUGUGGUGUUAACUAAAAAUUUUCGAUGUUAA